AUCCUUCCAUUGAAGGUUGCAGAGAGCACCGCCACCGGAAAUGGAAAAGCCAAUAUCGCCACCUCCGCAGCCGCUAGAAGAAGAAGAUGCUGUAACCACUGACACUACUCCGCCCACUAUAGGCCGCGGCAUCGGACCUGAUGAAAUAGAUGACAUUACUACAGAAAGUACAGCAUUUGCACACGCUGAACCCUCCCAGGAUGACUCAGGUCCACCCAAGAUUGACUCUGAGAAGGAGAUCCUUCAUGAGAAAGUGACUAAACAGAUCAUAAAAGAGGGUCGUGGACAAACACCAACAAAGUUUGCCACUUGCUUCUUGCACUAUAGGGCAUGGGUGGAGAAAACGUUGCACAAAUUUGAAGAUACAUGGCAGGAGCAGAGACCAAUUGAACUUAUCAUAGGAAAAGAGAAAAAGCAAAUGGCAGGAUUAGGUAUUGGAGCUGCAAGUAUGAGGAGUGGGGAACGUGCUUUGUUGCGUGUUGGCUGGGAACUAGGUUAUGGGGAAGAAGGAAGCUUUUCUUUCCCAAAUGUGCCUCCGUUAGCAGACCUGCUGUAUGAAGUUGAGCUUAUUGGGUUUGAUGAAGUUAAAGAAGGCAAAGCUAGAAGUGACAUGACAGUUGAAGAAAGGAUUGGAGCAGCUGAUAGGAGAAAGAUGGAUGGCAAUGCUUUGUUCAAGGAAGAAAAGUUGGAAGAGGCGAUGCAACAGUAUGAAAUGGCCAUAGCAUAUAUGGGGGAUGACUUUAUGUUCCAGUUGUUUGGAAAAUUCAGGGACAUGGCUUUGGCGGUGAAAAACCCUUGCCAUCUCAAUAUGGCUGCUUGCUUGAUUAAGUUGACACGAUAUGAAGAAGCCAUUGGCCAAUGUAGCAUU